AGGAAAGAAAACAAAUGCAGAGCAUGAAGGCCACAACCCCACCGGGGCUGACGCCAGACGUGAAGGACUUCAUGUGAGGAAGUCCUCGUAGUCUUCUCCGAAACACUAAUGCCUAGGCUACUGAGGUGGGCGUACUGCAUCUGGAAUUCUCUCUUCUGCACCCUGGGUUCUGUGGAUGAAACUCGCCUCUGAGAAUCCUGAACAUGGAGAAAUAGAGAUAAAUACCCCAGAAGAGGGGGAUUAAGUGUUCACAACCUUGGUGGGUUUCGCCUCCUGUCUGUCCCUCCACUUUAAGAGAUGCUGGUCACCUGAAGGCCAUAAUCUGCGCUCUAAGUAACCAGCCUGCCUUUCUACCCAGAUCUUUGUCUCCAGAAGUGAGAACAUGGACAACACAACAACCACAGAGCCCCCAAAGCAGCCCUGCUCCCGGAACACCCUGAUCACACAGCAGAUCAUCCCCAUGUUGUACUGUGUGGUCUUCAUCACGGGGGUCCUCCUCAAUGGAAUAUCGGGAUGGAUAUUCUUUUACGUGCCCAGCUCUAAGAGUUUUAUCAUCUAUCUCAAGAACAUAGUUGUGGCUGACUUUCUCAUGAGCCUCACUUUCCCUUUCAAAGUCCUCAGUGACUCAGGCCUCGGUCCCUGGCAGCUGAAUGUGUUCGUAUGCAGGGUGUCUGCCGUGAUCUUCUACGUCAACAUGUACGUCAGCAUCGCGUUCUUCGGGCUCAUCAGCUUUGACAGGUACUAUAAAAUCGUGAAGCCACUUCUGGUGUCUAUCGUCCAGUCAGUGAACUACAGCAAAGUGCUGUCCGUGCUUGUGUGGGUGCUCAUGCUUCUCCUCGCUGUUCCCAACAUCAUUCUGACAAACCAGAGUGUCAAGGAUGUCACGAACAUACAGUGCAUGGAACUCAAAAACGAGCUGGGGCGGAAGUGGCACAAGGCGUCUAACUACAUCUUCGUGAGCAUUUUCUGGAUCGUGUUCCUUCUGCUGACCGUCUUCUACAUGGCCAUAACGAGGAAGAUCUUCAAGUCUCACCUCAAGUCCAGAAAGAAUUCCAUCUCCGUCAAAAGGAAGUCCAGCCGCAAUAUAUUCAGCAUUGUGCUCGUAUUUGUCGUCUGUUUCGUACCUUACCACGUUGCCAGGAUCCCCUACACCAAGAGCCAGACGGAAGGACACUACAGCUGCCAGGCCAAGGAGACCCUGCUCUAUACGAAAGAAUUCACCCUGCUGCUCUCGGCUGCCAAUGUGUGUCUGGACCCCAUUAUCUAUUUCUUCUUAUGCCAGCCGUUUAGAGAAGUCUUGAAUAAGAAGUUAAGAAUGUCACUAACAGUCCAGAAUGACCUAGAGACUUCCAAAACCAGAAGGGGAAAUACGAUUCAGGAAAGCACAGAUACUUUGUAAAUUCCCACCCCCUUCCGAGUAUUAUGGACCUUGUUACACGGUAAUUAAGAUGUAUGAAGUGAAAAGCAGGCCUGCGGCGGUAAAUACCUUAGCUAGCUAUAUUGUCCAAUAACAUGUAUAAAAGUCCAGAAAAGUAUAAUAAAAAUGAAAGGUAAGUUCCCAUGUAAAGUGAAAGUCUACAGCACGUCACAUCUUUUUAGAAAUCGAAUGGAGAAGUGGCAUGUGGGUGCCAGUCUUCGAGUUACCAAAACUAAACUCUCUCUUCUAUGAACGGGCUUCUUAGAAGACACCCACCCUUUCAGAAGUUCCUCCCGAGUAGCCUUCUAAGUAAUGCUCACCUCUGUUUCGUGCUUUGUACUGUGUAUGUGCCAAUAAACAAGUUGUCUUUAAAACCA